AUCAGUGUGGAAGAACUGCAAGCAAAGAAAUAUUUAUAUAAGCGAAGUUUCCUUAUGUAGCAUGUCCUUGGCUGGAUUCAUCAUGAUACUUACAGAUGCUACUUUCAUCUGUUUGCUUCUUUUUCAGGACCAGAAUGUUUGUAAUUCAAUUGUGAAGGACAUGGAAAUCACUUCAAAUAAUAAAUUUCAACAUCUGACUGCUCCUGUUGUGGUGCACGUAUCGCGGCCAAAGGAUAUUGAACUGAAGAGGAGAGAUCUUCCAAUAAUUAUGAUGGAGCAGGAGAUAAUGGAAGCUGUAAAUGAGCAUUCAAUUGUAAUUUUAUGUGGAGAAACAGGAUGUGGUAAAACUACUCAAGUACCUCAGUUCUUAUAUGAAGCUGGUUUUGGGUCAAAAAAUUGUAAUGACCGGAAAGGAAUCAUUGGUGUUACACAACCGCGACGUGUAGCUGUUCUUGCCACUGCCAAGAGAGUAUCCUUUGAGUUGGGUUAUUGUCUUGGAAAGGAGGUUGGUUUUCAAGUUAGGCAUGAUAAAAGGAUAGGAGAUCGUUGCUCUAUCAAGUUCAUGACUGAUGGAAUUUUACUUCGAGAAGUUCAGAGUGACUUCUUACUGAGGCGUUACUCUGUAAUUGUCCUGGAUGAGGCUCAUGAGAGAAGUUUGAACACAGAUAUACUUGUCGGAAUGCUAUCUCGAGUUAUAAAACUUCGCGAGAAGUUAUAUUUGGAGCAGCGGGAGAAAAUACUUUCAGGCGUAGAAAUUGACCGUGACAAGAUGAUCACUAAAUUAAAGAUCAUACUUAUGAGUGCUACACUUAGAGUUGAAGACUUCAUUUCUGGCAAAAAAUUAUUUCAUGAGACCCCACCUAUUCUGGAAGUUCCAGUAAGACAAUUUCCGGUGACUAUUCAUUUCUCAAAGAAGACACAUGAGGAUUAUUUAGGUCAAGCUUAUAAGAAGGUUAUGUUGAUCCACAAGAAGCUACCACCUGGAGGCAUACUGGUAUUUGUCACUGGGCAACGGGAAGUGGAGUUCCUGUGUAAGAAGCUAAGGAAAGCAUCAAAGCAAUUAAUUACAAACAAUUCUAAAAGAAACUCAGAUAAUGAUGGGACUGCAAACCUGGACAUGGAAAUGAAGGAUAUCCAUGAAGCAUUUGAGAUAAGCACUACAGACCAGCAGACUGACAGGUUUAGUUCUUUUGAAGAGGAUGAUAACUUCCCGGAGAUGGAUUCUGAUUCAUCUAACUCAGAAACAGACAGUGAUAUUGGGGAUGAUACUGAUACUGAAACAACCUCAGAGAAGACCGAUUUAGUUCUGGAUCUUUUAGGAGAUUCUAGAGGUCUUUUGUCAUUGAAGGCUUCUUUUGAAGCCUUAGCUGGAAAAUCAUGCAACCAAAAUUCUAAAGAAGAACCAACUGCACCAAUGCAUUCCAAAGAAGAGGAGACUCAGUUUGUCCCUUCCACUAUGGGUGAACAAGCGGAACCUACUCCUGUUGGUCCUUUGUAUGUGUUACCCCUUUAUGCAAUGCUACCUGCUUCUUCUCAGCUUCGGGUAUUUGAA